CCGAAGCCGGUCCACUUCUCUCUGGCCUUGCUGUACAUGGCGAAGGCAGUCAAAAAGUUUUGGAAUUAUUGAAACCUACGGUCCUUCGCCUGGAUUCCCUGCAACAUAGUUAUCCGUACGAUUGGCGUACAAAAACCCCUGUGAUAACUCGCCUUUCGAAUCAGUGGUUUGUGGACACUGACAAAAUAAAAAAUGCCGCUUUGGAAGCAUUUGAAGCUGUCUCUGUCAUACCACCCACACAAAAGACAUCGAUGAUUCCGUUCAUAUCAUCUAGACCCCGAUGGUGCAUUUCAAGGCAACGCUUUUGGGGAGUCCCCAUUCCUGUCUUGUAUCGAAACUCAGACGGUACUCCAAUAGUGGAUUGCGAUUUCAUUCGGCACACCGCAAAUCGUGUGGCUGCCGUAGGAUCGGAUUUUUGGUUCCAGGAACCGCUCGAUCAACUGGUGCCUCAUGACUUCUGGGAAAAGUGGUCUUUGAGCCAAGAUGAAGUUUCCAAAGGGAUGGAUGUGUUCGACGUUUGGUUCGACAGCGGAUUGUCUUGGUUAACCGCAUUACGCGAGGGAUACUAUGGAAACAAAGUGACCACGGAAGUCGCCGAUCUUUGUUUGGAGGGGCAUGAUCAGUUUCGCGGCUGGUUCUCAUCAUCUCUGCUGCUUGGUGUAGCUUUGCGUGGCAAGGCACCUUACAAGUCACUUAUCGUUCACGGCUUCACCACCGACUCUAACGGCCGGAAAAUGUCCAAGUCACUCGGUAAUGUGAUAUCCCCCGAAGAACUUUUGGAGAAACAUAAUGGUUGUGUAGAUAUCCUUCGGCGAUGGGCUGCGUGCUCUGCUUUGGAUACACUCGCCAGUGUGGGGGUGAAGGAAAUAGCCGCGCAUGCAGCUUGUCACAAGUCUCUCCGGAACGCAUUCCGCUUCAUGCUUGGUAAUCUUAAUGACUUUGAACCCGUCACUCAAUUGGCCGAUUUGACGAACUCUGAGCCAACUGUCUGCACAAGUAUCAACAAGUUGGUGUACGAAUUUGUUCGUGUCACUUGUUCGCCUUCGUUCCUCAAGUCUUCGCCGUUGAUGGCACUGAGCUGUGCCGUAUUCUCAUGGUUGGGUCAAUUAGUCCAAUCCGCACUGUACACCUAUUAUCCGGACUGCCGUUUCAAUGCAUUAUUAGCUGACGUGGAACGAUUCGUGUCGCGUUUGUCAUCUAUUUAUUUCACCGCUGCCAAAGACACUCUCUACUGUGAUCCUAUUGACUGCCCUGAGAGACGCCUGGUCCAAACCGUGUUUUGGCUGUCUUCCGAAUGCCUCAAAGCUCUUUUGGCCCCUCUUGUUCCUUACUUAGUGGAAGAAGUCGAAGAUGCUUGUCGAAACUGCUGGUCUAAAGAUCCCCGGAUUGAGUUACACAAACCUUAUUCGUCGCUCCUAGAGCGCUAUGCUUCAGAUUGCAUCGUUCCAACUUACCGCUCAUCCGGUCUUCCACAUUCCGACUGGCAGACCUGUCUAGAAACGAUGACUCAGUGGUCUCAGUACCAUGCUUUCUCGAACGCUGUAGAGCUCCUCCAUGCUUUCUUUUUGUCCACCACCAAUCAGAUCGCUUCAGUCGGACAGUCCACCACCGCUGCAAACGCUUUGGGCAAUGUUCACUUAUCACUAGCUGUUACUUCUUGUGAGUCUUCGCAGCAGCUGAUUCAGUCGUUACUGCUACUGGAGCGAUUUGGCCCCGGAAUCGGCUCACGUUCAGAUUUGUGCCUGAUAUUUCGCACGGCCUCUCUGGAUUGGCAAGUGACUCUUCCGGAACAGCCGUCCUCUUCAAGAUAUCCGACAUCCGAGAACAACGUUUUGCGCUUUGAGUUUCAAGGUUCCCCUGUUGCCAUUAGUUUCCACUUUGCUGACAAGAGUGCUCGGUGUCCUCGUUGUACCCGGUACUUCAAGGAAUCACCGUCACCUCUGUGUAGACGAUGUACAGAGACUCUCAUACACAAGGGCUUCCCGGUCACAAUCAGCGGAUAGUCUUUUUUCCAUGAAUCCUGCCCGCAUCGUCUUUUGACACUUCGUAUUUCUCUUAGUCUGAGCUCCCUCCGGGGUUACUUGAUGUACCCGUGGGACGUCGAUUUUGUCCUCACUUGCACACAUUUCUUGUUCGGAGCAAACUUAUCUCCUUUCGCUCUGCCCCAUUCCAAUUGCCGUGACGCCGCGCUCAUUGUCUGUGUAAUGUGCUGAACCAGGCUACUUUGGACGGGGAUCCCAGCCAGCCAUAUUUCUGUAAUAUAUUGCAGGUGCAUCUCCUUUCACCUAACUGGCAUGAAGUGGUUUCAUUGUAUCCUGUUGCUCACAGAAAGCCCACAGAAUGUCCCGCUCAACCAGAAUUCCAUCCAUCUACCAACUUUUCUUUUUGCAUGGUUUGCUUCUCGCAUCCUCUCCUUACUCCUCUAGCAUUUCGUGUUUUCUUUAAAGCGCGAAAGUAAAAUUUCCUCCAACUGACUUUGUUCGACGAUAUAAGUGCGUUGGAGUCCACUUUUUCCAACCACUGCAUUCUCCUCUCUCCUGGUUUGUACCCACUACUUUGUUCUAGUGUUCAAACCUGUUUCAUCUGCCCCUCCUUCAACUCUAUCUAUUCUUUAUCUGAAAUUUAAAAUAGGUCAAACUUAUGUUCUUCUGAAACAUCUAGCAUUUCUCCUAGAAUGGAGAGCACGAGGCCACCCAGUUACAUUCGAACGAGUUAUUUACUUUUGUGUUCUGUGAAACUCCGAUACUCCCAUCUUAUGCACAUUUGUAUAUCAAGUGAACAUUCGCUUUCCCGAUUUAUCGAGUCCUUCAUCCGUCCUUGAUGCUGGUGUGCGCUUCUUGCUAGUUAUCCGCUCGUAUAUUGAUAGUGUACCCCUGACAUUGCAGCAUGUUGGCUUCUCCCGCGUGUAGCCGGAUUUCCAGGGCUGCGUGAUGACUCCAUUCAUGGCAAAACGGGCAAUACGCCGGCACACCGUACCGACGCUUCGCUGCCACGAGACCACCACCAUUCGCGCA